AUGGAUCUGUUCGAAACGGGAGAGAAUAGUGUCGAGACCAACCCUCAUAGUUAUCCACACCAUCAUAAUCUCACCAACAAUGGAUCCAUCAACGGCAUACCACUCUACACCGGAUACCCCCGCCUGCUUCUCAACAUUGCAACGAUGACGUGCAUUGCGUACAUGGUGGUUGGAGUCCCGGGCAACCUGCUGACAAUAGUGGCCUUGGUAAAGAGUAAGAAAACGCGCAACGCAACGGCCGUUUUCAUUAUGAAUUUAUCGUUUUCCGAUCUGCUGUUCUGCUGCUUCAACCUGCCGCUGGCUGCGAGCACCUUCUGGCACCAGGCCUGGCUGUACGGCGAUCUCUUCUGCCGGCUGCUACCGAUGAUGCGGUAUGGUCUGUUGGCCGUCUCGUUGUUUACCAUACUGGCUAUCACGAUCAAUCGUUACAUUAUGAUCGGCCAUCAGCGGUUAUAUCAAAGAAUAUAUCGUACGAGACAUCUAUGCCUGAUGGUUGCCUUUACGUGGAUCCUAGGAUUUGGCUCACUGCUACCGACCUGGCAUGAGAAAUGGGGUAAAUUCGGGCUGGAUGUCGUCAUUCACUCUUGUUCCAUACUGCCGGACAGUCAACGCCAUUCCCCGAAGCAGUUUCUGUUUCUAAUCGCCUUUGCCCUGCCCUGUCUAUGUAUAAUUAUUUGCUACGCACGAAUAUUCUACAUCGUUCGAAGUACCGCCCUGCGUACCAAAGACCAACCAGGCGAGCAUGGUGAGGAUAGUUUAGAGGACGUAUCGAGCGUCGUAAGCAAUCAACAUUUACCGGAUGUUCCGGGAGCCGUCGCAGGGUGCGCAUAUGUGUCGCCGAAAAAAGAUAGCAGAGCUGGGUCACUGACGAACGAAUGCUCGAAUCCAUCACCUCUGUCUUGCAGCAACUUUAGUCAACACUUGGAUUGGCAUUUUAUCGAUUCAAGUACAGAUAAUGAGAUAUUUUACGAUGGAACCGUAAGGGAGGUGACUCAAAAGGAGACUUCGAGCAUUGCAACACAACGGGCCACAUUUAUCGAUCGAGGAGAUUGUAACAUAUCAAUGGAUCCUCCUCAAACUAGUGGCAAUAUGGCAGAAAGUACUAUCAAACCACGCAAUCAGAGAUACGCCAAUGCUUCAGGACCGGGCGUAAGACGGAAUGCGAGUAAUGCUGCAAACGCAAGAAAGCGCAAAAAACAUAUCAACACCUCCGGAGCCUCAAUCAUGAGCGCAGGCAAAAUGUCCGCCAAGGACCGCAAGCUGCUGCAGAUGAUUCUGGUGAUAUUCCUUGCCUUUCUGGUGUGCUACCUACCGAUCACGAUGGUGAAGUUGUUCCGUCCCAACAUGCAGGUGUUGAAUGUAGUAUCCUACCUGCUGAUCUAUUUAACGACUUGCAUCAAUCCUAUUAUCUACGUCGUUAUGUCCAGAGAAUAUCGUCGCGCGUAUUCUGAUCUUGUGCUGUGCCGGACGUUUGGGAUUACGAAAACUACAUGUAAACAGCAGAAAGCUGCCAACGCGCUCCGGUUUGCUCCGAAACGUUAG